AUGGGGUUUCUAUUCGAAAAUCCUAAAGAAAGCGCUGGAAAGGUGUGGCCUGCAAUUCUGAUCAGCGGGUUCGUAGCGUUCGGGGGAAUUCUAUAUGGCUAUGACACCGGCACUAUCAGCGGCGUUAUCGCUAUGCCCUAUUGGUCUCAAACUUUCUCAACCGGCUAUAGAGACAGCACCGGCAAAUUGACUAUCACAUCUAGUCAGGCGUCAGCUAUAGUGUCGAUCCUCUCAGCAGGAACCUUCUUCGGUGCUCUUAGCGCUGCCCCGAUGGGCGACAUCAUUGGGCGUCGCUGGGGAUUGAUUGUCUCGAACGGUAUCUUUGUGUUUGGGGUCGCCUUACAGACAGCUGCAACAGCCAUUCCGCUCUUUCUUGCAGGACGUUUUUUUGCGGGAUUCGGAGUUGGGCUUAUCUCUGCACUGGUUCCCCUUUAUCAGUCAGAGACUGCUCCAAAAUGGAUCCGAGGGUUCAUCGUAGGCUCCUAUCAGUUCGCAAUUACUGUCGGUCUUCUCCUUGCGUCGGUCGUGAAUAAUGCGACUCAUGAUCGAAAUGACUCCGGGUCCUAUCGCAUCCCAAUUGCAAUCCAGUUCGCUUGGGCGAUUAUUUUGGUGAUCGGUGUCCUUUUCCUCCCUGAAACACCUCGGUAUCUCAUCAAAAAAGACAACUACAAAGGCGCUGUAAAAAGUCUAGCUAGACUUCGUCGCCUGCCUGAGGAUGAUCCUGCCCUACGCGAGGAGCUUGGGGAGAUCCAAGCCAACCAUCAGUAUGAGAUAAGCUUAGGGAAUGCUGGUUACCGUGAAUGUGUCCGGGGAAAUCUGGCAAAGCGGCUUCUUACUGGCUGUCUCCUGCAGGCUUUGCAGCAAUUAUCAGGUAUUAAUUUUAUCAUCUACUACGGCACACAAUUCUUCAAGAACUCCGGCGUGAAAAACGAGUUUGUGAUUAACCUGAUCAUCAACUGUGUGAAUGUCGGUUCUACUAUCCCUGGUCUCUACACAAUUGACAAAUGGGGUCGGCGACCAGUCCUGCUCCUGGGGGCUGUUGGAAUGACGGUCUCACAGCUACUGGUGGCAAUUCUCGGCACUACGACCACGAGCCAGGACAGCGUCGGCGACAUUAUCGUUAACAACGCGGCUGCUCAGAAAGCCGCAAUUGCCUUUAUCUGUAUCUAUAUUUUCUUCUUCGCAGCUUCAUGGGGUCCGAUAGCUUGGGUCGUAACCGGCGAGAUAUUUCCUCUCAAGACCAGAGCCAAAUCGCUCUCUAUGACCACUGCGACCAACUGGCUCCUUAACUGGGCAUUAAGCUUUUCAACGCCUUACUUGGUCAACUACGGGCCCGGGAAUGCGAACCUACAAUCCAAGAUCUUCUUUGUUUGGUUUGCUUGCUGCUUCCUUUGCAUAGCGUUUGUUUACUUUAUGAUCUAUGAGACAAAAGGUCUGACGCUGGAAGAGGUGGACGAGCUUUAUAGCGAAGUUAAGGAUGCAAGAAAGAGCUCGAGUUGGAAGCCAAGCAUCACCUUCAUGGAAAUGACAGGCAAAGCCCAGGCAUUCGAACACAAGGAAGCAACAGAGGAGCAACGCGAGUUUGACAACAACCACGAAGCUUUCCCAUGA